CAUCGUACCCAUCGCCAGAACGAACGCACGCAAGCACGCACGUAAUCCUCCUGUGGGUACACCCACCGUACCAGUUAAAGACUCGAAGAGCUCGCGCGGUGGUCCUCCUGUGGUCGGUCAGUGAUUUGCGAUCGAAAACAGGUGCAAUGGAUUAAGUCGUUCCCAAAAGGUGCCGCAUUCUCUGUGCGAGUGUGUGUGUAGUAUAUGUGUGUGCAAGGAGGAAGAACGAUACCAGAGCAGAGAGAUAGAGCAGGAUCUGCAACGGAAGUACUAUCUUCAGAAUGGACGAGGUGUCGACCGUUGUUGCUCCCAACGUGAACAACCUGAGCGACGACUCGACGGGUGAUUGGUGGAGCGAAGUCGCCGAAGAGGACGCCGUCUCCGCCCUGCGUCUCGACGACGGAGACGGCGGUUUGUGGUCCGGCAAUUUCGUGCCGCCUCCUCCUAGGCCCCUCUUCUUGGACGACACUGCCACCCCGGAUGGAGUCACCACCUGCGACCUGUGCUCCUGGGCAUGGCAGGAUGGAAAGAGCACCUACACCCUGGACACGACCCUCGAAGCUCCGGGAGAGUUGGGCUGGGUCCUCACCUUGGUCAUAGUCUCAUUAAUAUCGGCAGUGAUCGGAGCCAUCGUCAUGAUCGUCGUUCUGCAGUGUAAAAGGUAAGGAGGAAGAAA